UUGAUGAGAGGGGAUUUUUAAAAAACAAGGCUGUAAUGUAACAACAUUUGGAUGAAAUGAAGGGUUCUGAAUACUUUCUGAAUGCACCCUACCUCUUAGUGAAGUGUCCCACAGCAGAGCAGCUACAGGUUGCCUACUAUCAUGUCACAGGUUAUAGUGUAGGAUAGGACAGUUUACAUGCUGGAAACGAGGCUUACUGCUAUUGCUCUUUCCUACGGUAGAAGGCUCUUUCCUCGCUCGCCUAAAUAUUCAGUGCUGCAAAGAAAAGGUUCGCCCAUGGCCACAGUGUAUAUUCGCGACUGCACACUCCAUUUCACUAUCUCCGGAUUUAGUGCUCUCAGGCACAUGUUUAUAUGACCAUUUGUGACUACGACUGAUAACAAAACUGCGUGUUUCAGUCAAUUAUGAAAUUAGAAGAAGACGGAAUCUAAAUCCAACAGGCGCUGGCUGGCAACGAGCUUUGUAGACACGGGAGCUGUCCAGUAGCAGUGGUGCUGAAAUCAACGGCUGCAGAACAUUGGCCCAAUGGGCUUUUCGCCGCUAUCCAGUGCUGAAAUUAUUCUGGUUCUAGAUACAUACACCUUUCCGUUUACAUAUUAACCCCCGGACCUGACUUUGGCUUGGUCUUAUCAUUCGAGACACCAUGAGGAAGUGCAGUCCCUGGACGUUUCUCCCUAUCAUGUACUCUCUCUUCACAGCCGCUGGACUCUGGGUUGUGUAUUUUAUAGCUGUUGAAGAUGAGAAGAUAACACCCCUGAGUUCAGAAUACAAGCGAUCUGGAACUAAAUCCCCUCCAUAUAUAAGCAUUGCAGGCAAUGCUCCCCCAGCCAGCUGUGUUUUUAGCCAGGUCAUGAACCUGGCUGCCUUCGUAGGGUUCAUCAUUGGUGUCCUCAGAUACCUGCAGCUGAAGCCCCGGGUCCAUAAACCCUGGCUCAAUAUUGGCAGUCUGGUGGCCCUGUCCCUGGCCUGCUUCGGCAUGACCUUGGUGGGAAACUUCCAGCUGUCAAAUGACGAGGAGCUCCACAACAUUGGGACGUCCAUGACGUUUGGCCUGGGGACGUUGUUCUGCUGGGUGCAAUCUGUCAUCACCCUGAAGGUCAACCUGAGGAACGAGGGCCGGAGGGCGGGCAUCCCUCGCUUCCUACUGUCAGGGGCUGUCACCGCCUGCAUGCUGCUCUACUUUGCCCUAAUGGCGCAACGUCUUCACAUGCACGCGGCGCGGGCGCAAUGGGCGCUGGUCAUGUUCUUCCUGGGCUUUCUCGCCACCUUUGCCAUCGAGUUCAGACACUACCACUUCGAGAUUGUCUGCACCGACGACCGUGAUCCACCUCUCAGCCUCUCAGAAACCUUCUCCGAGGUGUCAGAGUACCAGUCGGACCAGCUAUAGGGCGGCUCCAGAGAACAGAACCAGCUAUAGGGCGGCUCCAGAGGACAGAAGCAGAUAUAGGGCGGCUCCGGAGGACAGAACCAGCUAUAGAGCUUUGGCGUACUACAAAAGUUAGCUUGCCUGUGGUUGUCAGUUGGGGGUAAUUUACAAAUUAACAUAUUUGUAAGGGCUCCAGUUUGUCUCUGUUAGUUACUGAAGAAGAGUUAGUUAAAAACUACUGCAUGUCUGAACACAGCCUGUGAACGACUGUCUUUCUACUACUACUGUACCUUGAGGUGAUAUUUCAAAAGCAACAAACUCUUUCCAUGAGCACAAAGAAGGCAUCAUUAUCUUUGUCAACUCAUCAACAGUAACAGGGAUGUUCGCUAAAAGUUGCUAAAUGGUUUAAUUGAAGAUGGCUGUUUUAUGUAGCUGUGAGUUGUAGAAGGAUAGAUAUCUCAGAUUGAUAGUGACACUACCCCACUGACCUUCCUUUCAUAUGAAUGCAGCCAAAUCCUCAAUAGAAUGUGUGAUGGGAGUCAUCACCACUCCCAUUUUGAGUCUUCUCAUUCUACCGACAGAGGUAUUCUGCUGCGUUCUCUCUAUUUCCUGUCCGUCUGUCUACCUCCCUCUAUUUUCAAUCUGAAUUAAGACAGACAACAGUUUGUGAUGAAGCCGAUCUCAGCUUCUCUGUGAAGAUGAGUAGUACAGUAGUAUUAUCAUCCAGGUACAAUGAUGCCAUUUUGAACCAUAUCACUGUUGCACCCAUUAAACACAAGUCAUGGGAACCUUUUUCAGUGUUCUCUCUAUUUCACAUUUCUUAGUACAACACUAGGCUUUAUUAUUACCAUUCAAGCAUAACAGACAAAUGCAUCUUAGUGUUGUACUGCUGUUUGUUAGAACAUUACAAUUAUAUUUUACAAUAAAACUUGUCUUUGCAUUCUGA